AUGCGUGGCGUUGCGCAGCGUCCUAGGCUCAUAGACAAGUCAGCUGACCCGUACCGGGGCAUGCAGUUGCGAGGUCGAUGGAACUUCAGCUGGGGUUUGGUCGCUUGUGCUGGAUUCUUUGGCGUCGUGCUACCAAUGAUUGUGAGAAGGCGUUGGCUUCGCUUGAAGGUGCGUGCGCGCAAAGUGCGGCGGAGGUGUGAGCACAAGGAGAUGCUGGCACAGGUUCCAUCCGUGUGCUUGCGCUAUGGUCUGAGCCCAAGAGGCUUUCUGCCAUCCUUUUGUUUGGAGCGGCUUCCAGAUGAAUUCCAACGCUGGGAAGACUUGGCUGAUCGGCUGGUGGAGCUGAAUCGAAACGGCGGUCUUAAGCAGGCAGUGGACACGCUGCCUCACAUAGAUCCUCAAUGCCUUGAAGGUGCAGGGAAGGAGGUCUUGCAGCGGGCUUUCCUGCUUUUGGGCGCCUUUGCCCAUUCGUACAUUCACGGCAGUGCCGUUCCUUGGUAUCAGUUGAAGCAGUCAGGGGACCAUGUCGAGCGUGACGGUCCUGGUCCUUCGGGGUCUGCACCGACUCUGCCGUCGCAGUUGGCUGAACCAUGGUUGCAAGUCUGUGCUCAGCUGGGCAUGCCCCCUGUACUGACAGCUGCAGCCACAGACCUUUGGAAUUGGCGUCUGCGAGACUCUUCCGGCCCCUUUGUGCUGGAGAACCUUGACCAGCGAGUCUCCCUCACAGGGACCAGCACAGAGAGAGCCUUCCACAUGGUGCCCUGUGCCAUGCAGGCGGCUGCAAGCAAAGUGGUGCCCAAAGUGUUUUUGGCCGACCUCCUUGUGAGGGCCGACUGUGAUGAAGAGCUCGGGGAUCUGUUGCUGGAAGUGGCCGAUGUCCUGCGACAGUUCCAGCGCCUCUUCCAACAAAUACCAGGAAGCGUGGACAAAGAUGUGUUCUAUGAUGUCUAUCGGCCACUGCUCAAUGGCUUCCAUCCCGAUGGGGUGAUCCUGGAAGUUUCGCCAAGGAGGGUGGACAAAUCGCUCGCGUGCUCGGUUCCUCACGUGACGAAUCUCGAUCAAACAGGCUUCCUGAAUAGCAGCAAGGGUCCGAGUGCCGGGCAAAGCACCGUCAUUCUUUUGCUUGAUGUCUUCCUGGCUAUCUCCCACACUGGUCCGGGCGUGACUUUCCAAGAGGAGAUGCUGACGUACAUGCCAGCUGAGCAUCGACAGAUGGUCCUGGACUUCCGUCAGCGCUGGCAAGACUUGGACCCACUUCCAACAUUGCUAGAACGCAAGCGGACGGCCCGAAAUCCUUUCGCAGAGCACCUUCAAGAGGCCUACGAUGAAUGUGUGGGGGUUCUCUGUGGGCUACGUCGCCUGCAUCUCUCGACGGUUACUACCUAUUUGGUGCGAACAUCCACCGGCACCGGUGCAACUACUUGGCGAACGCUCUUGCAGAACAUGCUUAGUGCAACCUCCGUCAGAUAA